ACUUUGCGCUUUGUCCGCCUCUCGUGCCUGAUUCUAGAACAAACAACCUGCGGCCCCCCAGUCAUCCACGUCGUGACGCGCUACCCGAAGCCGACCGGAAUCAAAUUCUCAGUGAUUAUUAAGAGACGCACACGAACGCAACGUGUCGCGAAUAGACCGCCAAACAACCACAACUUUGAUUCCUAGCAAUCAGUCGCGAACACACAAUACAACAACGACAAAAUGGUGCAGACCUACAGUCUUGAGGAAGUGAAGAAGCACAACGACAACAGCAGUUGCUGGCUCGUCAUUCACAAUAACAUCUAUGAUGUAACAAAGUUCCUGAACGAGCACCCGGGAGGUGAAGAAGUCUUGCUGGAACAAGGCGGUAAGGAGUGCAGUGAAGCUUUUGAAGAUGUUGGUCACUCAACUGACGCCCGGGAAAUGAUGCAAAAGUACCUGGUCGGGAUCAUCGAGUCGGAAAAGAUCCCUGUCAAACAGAAGACUCACAACUGGUCCUCUCCUGAUCAAACUACACAAAAAGACAGUUCAUUGAUGUCGUGGCUGAUGCCAAUUGCCCUGGGCGUCAUCGCGACGAUCAUCUACCGUUGUUACUACCAAGCGCAUUAGAAGUGCAUUCUCCGAUCGGACAGAAAAUACAGAUUAUAAAGCUAACUGGGAUACAAGCGUACGACGUCGUGGAGCGCAUGAGAUAACACACUUUCAAAUCAAACAAAAACGAACUACAAAAAAUUCAUAACGCAUUUACCGAGAGCGCGCUGCGCUGCUUAACGUUCGCAUCGUAGUAGUACCUCGUCGAUGUGCUCUACUCUGUAACACUGUUCCGUUUUGUAUAAACAUUUUAUUUUUUAACUUGCGGUAGUUUUUUAUUCGUUGGCUGCAUUUGCAUUGUUGUACAUUAUGCACUCUACGCGACUGCCUAAUGACUAAAGAAUUAAUAAAUACAAACACACACACACAUAAAAUACAUUUUCCAUGCCUGUAUAAGCAAUAAUCGCCGCCAAAUCAACGCGAAGAGUGUUAGUGGGACCAUUAUCGCACUUUGUUCAUACAUAGAACACAUUUUAGUGCGUUUCAAAGGGUGAACAAGGUAUAAGAGUACCAGAAACGUGUAUAAUAUAAACUGAUAGCUAGACCAAAACGCAACAUUCAAUAUGUAAUAGACACAGAAAAUAAAUGAUCGGUUAAAUAACGUAUAUUGGACGGAUGUAUGUUAGUAUUCAUAUGGAAUCGAGAAGUAUCAUGUAUUCCGCAAUUCGUACGAGUAAUUAAUGUUUAAGUAAUGCUACUUGAUUGAGAUUAUUUGUAUGUUUAUUAAUAUUUUAUCACUAUAAUUAGCGCAGGUUCGUCAUUUCUUAUUAAUUGUUAUUAAAAUAGGGACAUAUUAAAUUGGUAUACAUAAUAACAAAUAUAUAGUUUUGAUCCAAA